ACACGAACAGAACGAACAGCAAGCUGGCGAAACAAGAUUCCAAUGGUCAAAAUACCGAACUAAAAAUAUAUUCCCGUUGGUGGAGUGGAGGAGUGGCAGGCGCCAUUUCGCAGGCGGCAACGGCUCCAUUGGAUCUGUUGGAGUCGCGCAUGGUGGCCAUCAAAAAGGAAAUAGGUCUUGUGCACAGUUUGCGGCGAGCUGUCCGGCAAAAUGGGUUUUUGUCCCUCUACGAUGGUUUAAGUGCCCAAAUUCUGAGGCAGUUGACCUAUACAACGCUGCGGUUUCAUCUCUACGAGUUGGGCAAAAAGCAUGUAGACGAUUGCAGUUUUCUGGUGAAAUUAAGCAUUGCCACUCUAGCGGGAUGUUUGGCAGGCGUAGUGGGGAUACCCAUGGAGGUGGUCAAUACCCGAAUGCAGGUGGAUCGAGCUUUGCCCCAAGAUCGGCGCAGAAAUUACCAUAAUGUCUUCCAUGGCCUUUACAGUGUGGCCACCAAAGAGGGUUACAAGGCGCUCUACAGCAGCUUUAUGCUCACCUGCUUGCGAGCGUCCUUUACCACCAUCGGUCAGAGUGCGAUCUAUGAUCAGGUGAAAGAUAUCCAAUUUUACAACAAACUCUAACACUUCAUGCAGCACUUUGACAUCAAGGAUGAUAGCACAUAUCUGCAUUUAAUCAGUUCCGUGACAGCUGUUUGUGUCUUUGGACCCGUAAUUCAACCCGGAAACAUACGGACUAUUAAGAUGGUGAAUAACCUUGAUCUGAAGGAUUCCAUAGCCUACUUAAGGCGCUUUGGUCCACUCGGACCAUUCCGUGGAAUGGUGCCAUCCAUGCUCCGACUGGGACCCAACACGAUUAUAACACUUUUGGUCUACGAGAAGAUUCGGGUUAAAUUUGGAUACUAUGGGACGGCCGUCAAGGGCUGUAGUGUGUAAGACGUGUGUGUGUAUGCAUUUAGAUUCUAAUUUAAAAUUUCUCAAUUGCUUUUUGGGGAUAUUAGAAUUUGUAAAAGAAAAUACCUCCCAAAGAUAUGUCAAAAUAAUAUA